CUAAAGAUCUCUACAUAAACAACCGCGAAAACUUCUUUCUGAUUUUCUGCAAAUAUUAAUUAAUUAAAAUAUAUUUUGGGCAAAUUUUUAUAUAGUAAUAUAUUUUAUACAAUGGAUACGAUUGCACAGGAUGACACAUUGGCUGACGAUGCAUGGAAAGACUCAUUUGACAAAUUGCUGGAGCAGAAGCCCGUCUUGAGGGAGAUGAAUUUUCUCAAGAAAGAUGUUAGAGCAUCUUUUAACUUGAACUCCAGUUAUGAAAAUAGCAGCUUUGAACAUUCAACAAGGGAAUCACCGCAACAAAAGUGGAAAAAGGUGGCGAUAAGAGCUUCGCCUUCAGCAAGAUACCUCUCGGUGCCCAAGACGAAUUUUAAGUACAAAAACAAGCUUGAAACGAUAUCAACACCCAGUAGAAAGACUGACUCAAUAUUUCCAUUCAGGUGCACCUUGUCUCCUAUUGGAAAUUGGAAACUGCAAAAUACCGAGGGCACAACCGAAAAAGGACAAGCUACAAUAUUUGAUGGAACACCCAUCACAAGUGGCAUCGAAAUUGACUUUGCCAAUUGCCCAUCUUUGAACCAAGAAGAAUGUUCCAAAAGUGACAAGGCAGCACCGUCUAUAUUAGAAUUGGUUGUCCACAAUAUUAAAAGCAAAAAGCGGCCGAAAAAUGUUUGCUUUGAUUCAAAUGUUGUAUGCCAAGAACCCAAGAGAGAAAACGAUAUUCAUACUAGGGAACCUCUUCCAGUUAUUGCACUGCAACCUGGAAAGUGGAGAAAAUCAUUAAAUUUAAUUCGGCGAACGCAAUCAACACCUAUGGAAAAACCUAAGGAUUCUGAUUUAGGAAAAAGCAAACCAAAAGAGUCGCUAUCGAAAGGAUUGUGUGGUCAAAGAAAGUCAACUUUGCAGCGCAAAGUAUCAAGUUUGGGCAAAAGAAAAGAGAAUUUUAAAACCCAAUUACUACGUCGAUGUAAGCAACAAAGCAUUAUAUCAUUCCCGGAGGCUUACAGUGUAAGUUACCUUACAAACUGCCGUAAAAUCGGCGAAGGCGCCUUUGGGGAAGUAUUUUUGCACACAAAAUCGACAGGUAGACUUAUUGAGAAAACGGUAUUAAAAAUCAUUCCUAUCGAGGGUAAACAACUAGUUAAUGGUGAAGUUCAAAAGACAUACGAACAAAUUCAUCAAGAGGUUGUGAUUUCCAUGGAGCUAAGUGCACUUAAGAACACAAAACGCGGGUCGAAUUUUGCUGCUGGCUUUGUUAAUGUCGAAAGAGUUAGAUGUGUCAAAGGACAAUACCCGCAACAUCUUCAAAAACUCUGGGAGAACUUUGACGAUGAAAAAGAAUCGGAAAAUGACCACCCGGAAUGUUUCGGACCAUCUCAAGAGUAUAUCAUUUUAGAGAUGACCUUUAGUGGCGAAGAUAUGGAGAAAUUUAUGUUCCGAAAUGCCGAACAGUCCUUUUAUGCAUUGCAUCAGAUAAUUUUCACUCUUGCUGCCGCAGAAUAUGCUUUUGAAUUCGAACAUCGUGAUUUGCACUGGGGAAAUGUGCUGGUCCUAAACACAAAUGAAAAAUUUCUCACUUACAAACUCAAAGGCAACAUAAUCACAUUACCCACCAAAGGCGUCAAAGUCACCAUAAUUGACUAUACCUUGUCCCGCGUUACUUAUGGCAAUUGCUGUUUCUACAACGAUCUUUCUAAUGAUACUGAGCUCUUCUCGGCUACAGGUGACUACCAAUUUGACAUAUAUCGCAUGAUGCGUGAAAUUUUAAAUGACAAAUGGGAUAUUUACCAAGCUAAGACUAACAUCUUUUGGAUAUCAUACAUCCUAUCCAAAAUGUUGGAUGGUGUCAGCUACAAAAAUUAUCAAACAAAAGUACAUUCCGAAUAUAUGGAGAAACUUAGAACCCUUAGUUCAACCAUUCUGACAUAUACCAGUUGUUCGGAGUGUGCCAACCAUCUCUCUACAAUGCUACAGUAGUAUACAUAUUUUUUAUACUUUAUUACGCUUUAUUUGUAUGUACUUUUUAUAUUUGUACGUCUUAAUAAUAUCUCUGUGGGCUAUUAUCCCCCAAAAAGAUCCUAGUGUUCUGAUCAAUUUAUUUUUAUGUUACUAUUGUGCAAUUUAAAAAUAAACACUAUUCCAGUGAAAGACAAACAA